UGUGAACAGCAGCAAUCUGGGAAGGAUGCAGAUUCGAAAACGCUUUCUGCCCCGUUGCGUGCAGGAUGCAGUGGCGACGAUAUUCAUGGCUGGCAUCAUACCAGUCACUUUUUGGUUCGAGGUGUACGUGGUGAUGCCGGGUGUUCACGGGGUGGAUUCUGUGUUAAACUGGAUUCACUUUGUCCCAGCGCUGUUUCUGCUGUACAACAUCAGUGCCAAUAUGCUGGCAACGAUCAUGUGCGAUACCAGCUGUGGUACGGAAAUCAUCAGUGUGCCAACGAAUGUAGCGGUUUCCUCCGGGCUGGGGUCGGGUUCGUGGCAUUUGUGUGCAACGUGCGAAGCAGUGGCACCACCCCGAUCGUGGCACUGUAACAUCUGCGAGACCUGUGUUCUUAAGCGAGAUCACCAUUGCGUGUUUACCGGAUGCUGCAUUGGCCAUCGAAAUCACCGCUAUUUCAUCAUGUUUGUACUUCAUCUAUUUAUAGCGACGUUUUAUGCAAGUAUACUUAACAACUACUUCAUCUGGUUCGUUCACGGUGAAGAGUUUCGCAAUUGGACGUCGCUGGUGAAGAUCGUUUUUCCACUGGCGAUGCUUUUAAUCGAUAUCUCAACGACGCAGUAUUAUCUAGUCAUUUAUCUAAUCAACAUGAUUGGAAUGUUGUUCACGGGGGUGCUCCUAGUGUACCACGGUCGUUUGAUUCUCAGUGGAAGCGUGGUACAUGAGAGGAACUCCCACGAAUACGACCACGGCCGGUUGAACAAUCUGAUAAUGGUACUGGGCGAACGGUGGCAUCUUGUGUGGCUUUCGCCAUUUUUGGAGAGCAAAUUGCCCCACAAUGGAGUCAACUGGGAUCUGAUUCAGAAGGAAGUAGCAAAGAGUAAAUAGAUGACUGGCCAUAUUAAAUCAAUUCAAAUUUUGAUGGUUUAUUUUAUUUUUUAUAUGCAAUAA